AUUACACUGUACCACACUUACCUAUUUUACUACAAGUCCAUCGCUACAAAAUUUAUUAAUUAAACAAAUGGAUGUCAGUGUUUGGUGGUGCCAAGUAGUUAGCGUUAGCGUCUCAUGUACAUUCUCAGAGCAGCGCCUUGCUACAAAUACCCAGAGAAGCUCAGAGAAUUUGAUGUUGUGAUCAAGUCCAAGGCCGAAGAGAUCACAAAUGUCAAGAUGGACGAUGUUACAUACGGGCAAGCUUCCCUGCCGGUUAAAUCAGGUGGGCUGGGUCUGCCGAAAGCGGAAGAAAUUGCAGCACCAGCUUAUCUCUCUUCACUUUAUGCCACCGACGAGCUGGUCAGUAGUAUUGUGCCCGAGGACUGUCCUGAUGACCGACUGGAUGUCGAGUUGUGCUGGGAAGAAUUGACUGGAAAAUCAGCCCCAUCUAUGGAGGACCGAAGCAAUCAACGCCUGUGGUCGGAAAUGUUGACUAUCAGGAAGCUGGAAGCCUUAAGGGAGGACGCCGACGUUAUCGCCUCUGCUCGCCUGUUGGCCGCCUCUACUAGGGAUGCCAGUGCCUGGUUGUUCGCCUUGCCGGUUGCUAGCCUUGGUACACUUUUAGACGAUGCUGCUUUACGAAUCGCUGUUGCGCUACGGACGGGAGCUCCGAUCUGCAAGCAGCACAAAUGCCGAUGCGGCGAAGUAGUUGACGCCCAAGGUUUGCACGGUUUGUCAUGUUUGAAAAGUCAAGGAAGGUUCAGGCGUCACGCAAGCCUGAAUAGCCUAAUUCAGCGCAGCUUAGGAUCUGCAAAAGUCCCUACUAUUCUGGAGCCGCCGGGGUUAAGCAGGAUAGAUGGGAAGCGGCCGGACGGUUUAUCUCUUUUCCCUUGGAAGAACGGCCUUCCUUUGAUUUGGGAUGUAACAGUGUGCGACACAUUCGCUAUAUCGUACAUUGCUGGCUCAUCAGAGGUAGCGGGAUCGGCAGCAGAGAGCGCGGAAGAACGAAAGAGGGACAAUUACAGGGAACUGACUGAUCGUCAUUUUUUCCAACCUGUGGCCUUGGAGACUACAGGAACUUGUGGCGCCAGUACCCGUCAGUUCAUCAAUGAAGUUGGUCGACGCAUAAAAGAUCAAACCGGAGAAACGCGCGCUACCGAAUUUUUUGUGGCAGCGCAUAAGUGUUGA